AUGCCUGCAAAGUCGAGUUUCCCUGAGGUUGAACUUUUCUUAAACAACGUUAAGAAGGACAUUCUCGAACCUAAGAACUUGAGAAAAGCCAAGGACAACCUGACGAGGGAGGAGAGAUCAGCCGUAGGUAAACUUAAAGCUAGUGACCAUGUAUUUAGAAUUUAAGAUAAGGGAUCUAGAUUUGUUAUUAUUUCCCAAAAUGAGUACCAAGAUAAGAUGUUAAGGCAGCUUAACAAUGAUCUUUAUUAUACUAAGCUUAACCAGGACCCCACCAUUGAGCAUUUUGAUAAAGUCAAAAUUUGGGGACAGAAAUGGUUUAGUGAAGGACAGAUUAGUCAGGAGAUUGCCACUUGGGUUGCCAAUUUGGAACAAAAACCGGGGGUGGCUUUUGGCAAUGUGAGGACUCACAAAGAGGGCAGCCCUCUCCGCCUAAUUACAUCUUGCUGCGGAACAGCAAUCGAAAGACUUUCUGCUUUUACUGAAUUUUAUCUUAAGCCUCUCGCCCAAAAUCUACCCUCGUUUGUUAAAGAUUCCACUGAUCUUAUCAACAAGAUCCAAACAUUUAAUUCUGAGAACGGUCCUUUACCACCUGGGUGUCUGUUGGUCUCCUGGGACGUCGUGGCUAUGUUUCCCAAUAUUGAUAAUAACUUAGGCAUUUCAGCUGUUAGAAAAGCUCUUGAUUCUAGAUCGAUGAAAUUUCCAUCCCCCGAAUGCAUUGUUGAGGCAAUCGAAAUUUGUCUCCAAGCCAAUAAUUGUCAAUUUCCGGGGAAAAAUUUUGUGCAAAAACAUGGUACGGCUAUGGGCCCCAAAAACGCAUGCAGUUAUGCCGACUUGGCUAUGGGAUUAAUUGAUGAGAAAGCUAAGUUUGGAGGUGGUGUGAAACCAUUGUUAUGGUGGAGGUAUAGGGAUGAUGUUUUCGAUGUUUGGACACAUGGUUUGCCUAAGUUAUUAGAGUUUACCGAGUACCUCAAUUCCCUCUAUACCACCAUCAAAUUUGAGCUGGUGUACUCUGAGCACACCCUCAGUGUCCUGGAUCUCACACUGCACCUUCAAGACGGGUUCAUAAUUACUGAUAUUUACGCUAAGCCUACAGAUAGCCAUCUUCAUUUACCCUUUUCCAGUUCGCACCCGGCACACUGUAAAAGGGCAAUUCCCUACGGAGUUGCUUUACGCAUUAGACGUAACUGUUCUACGGACGAGUCCCUUUACAAGAGAUGUGUUGAAUAUAAAGGGUAUCUUAAAUCCCAGGGUUAUAAUGCAGAUUUGGUAGACAAUCAAUUUGACAGAGCGCUGAGAAUUGAAAGAUCAGUACUCCUCAAGAAAAAUGUCAAGUCCAACAAAAAAGUAUUUCCGUUAGUCCUCGACUACAAUCCUAUCAUCACUGAUAUUCAGAGGAUUAUCCAAAAGCAUGCUCAUCUCUUAAGAUCGUCACCUGAGUUAUUGGAAAUUUUUCCAUCAAAAUCGAUUUUUCCAGCAUAUCGCCGUACCAAAAACCUCAAAGACAUUUUGGCGCCUUCUAGAUUUUGUAUGGGUGGGAAAGUUAGUCAGGCAGAGAAGGAAACGGGAGGUUGUUUUAAAUGCUCCUCUAGAUGCGACCAUUGCAAGAGUUUUUUAAUUCAAGAUUCCAAAUUUUAG